GAAAAGAGUUCAUCAGGACUGAGGAAAAGAAGAACUGACAUGACAAGAAUUGAAGACUGAAAGCUAACGAUGAUGUUACAGUGGCUGAUACUAUUAACUCUGUUUCUUCACAUUGGUUGGGCUUACAAUUUGUAUGAUGAGAUUGAUGAUUUUAACCUUUGGCGUCGCGGGGGCCCAUCAGAAUCAACCAACGUCGAUAAAGAAUGCAUAAAAGACAUCCUCGUUUUGUGGGACAAUUCCCCAUCUGUUAACGUCACAAAUUUCAACAAUCGUGUUCGACCCUUCCUGAAGACGCUAAUCGCUGAUGAAAAGCUCAAUGUGGGAAGAGAUGGCACUCAUAUUGGCUUUAUAACAUUCGCUAGUGCUGAAAAGACGAGGGUCUUGUUGAGGGUAGGGCAGAAAACGGACAAGGAAGAUUUGCAAACUUGGUUGGAUAAUUUGAACUACAAAAAAGAUCUGACGGGCCGUAAUACAUUCACCGGCAAUGCAUUCAAGCUUGCAAGUGAUGAGUUCUCUGAAAGAAGUCCUUUAAAUCAUCGUGAUGAUGUAAGCGACGUGAUUCUGUUAUUCACUGACGGAGAACCCAUGGCCUUGUGGGAGACUGAGAACCAAACCAGAAUGGCUGGAAGAUACUCGGCAGAGCUGAGGGCAAGAAAAGUGUUUAUUGUUUCCUUGGCAGUGGGAGCGGCAGCAAAAAAGGAUAAAGCCUGGAAACUAAUCGACUCGUGGUCGGACAUUAUGUAUAAAUCAGGGUUUGAUCAACUGGAUGAAGUCGUGAAAAAUAUUGUUACCGAAUCUUGUAGUAUCAAACCUGUGGAAUGUGCUUGUAAAUACAAUAUUUCAACAGAACAGUUCACCAAGCCGGGUGAAAAUACAAUUUUAAUUCCUUGGAAGAAACCUGAAUUGGGGUGCGAUCGGCAUGUCGAUGUAGAAAAGGUUGUGAGCCCACCUGGUGCACGAAGUCCACAACAUUUCGGAGUUGGCAGACACGAAAUCAUGUACACUUUCACGUAUUUGAACAAGAAGAAGUCGGUCAGCACCAGUUGCCCAGUUAUUAUCAAAGUUGGCGCCUGUGAAUGUCCGAGUACACAAACAGUGCAAGCUAGAGUAAACGUUGGUCAUACGAAAGUCUCCGUUAGCUGGUCGGAACCUGUUCCCACAUGUCCAACUGAGGCAGAUGCAGACAAUCCACAACCCUCGGGAGAGUUUUCUGUUGGUGAACACAAGGUUACUUACCAGUAUACCCACGAAACCGAACUUCAAAGCUUUAAGAUGCAAUGUCAUGUAAAUAUUGUUGUCAAAGGAGAGUAUUGCGGUGAAAAAGUCUAUGAUCCUGACACUAACAUUUGCUGCUGUGGUACGCCAUAUGCGAGAAAAUCUGGUUACAAGUGUUGUGGCAACAAAUACUACAAUCCUUGCAGCACCAUUUGCUGCCAAGAUACAAGUCUCGUGUCUGUUGGAGGACAUUGUCCUUAAUGAAACUGGUAUGAAAGAUUUCUUGCUUGUGUUUAUAGAUAAUAAGAUUAGUAUUAACUGGGUGUCAGAUACACAAAUAGUCAUACAUUGAUGGUAAUUGCAUUUUGUUAUAUUGGAGUAAAACAGCUAACAAUUUAUAAUUAUGGGAGGUACGGUACAUAAUGGUGUAACAAUAAAUUAACUCAUCUUUGACUCUUUUCGUGUCGAGGUGUUUUCUUAUAUGCUAUACUCUUACGAAGUUGCGGAUAUGAAAUUAGCCAUUUCCCAAUCGAACAGAGUACUGGGUCUAGUCGCGAACCGCAAAGCAUCUAUGGACUGUUUGGAGAGACAAAUGUAAACAUUGGAUUGGGAAAUGGCUAAUUGAAUUGAUACACUUCAGGCCUGUUUACACUUGCAAUUUUUGCUGCGAUUUU